AUGGCGCCUAAGAUUGUGGCUAAUGGCCACAUUUUGGUUGAUAACUCAUCUGCUCUUCAUGCCUCAUCUGUUGUUAAGUUUAAUGAGUUCAAUUAUAAUGAGUGGAGUGAGCAAGUUGAGUAUUACUUGAGUGUUCAGAAUCUUGACCUUUCACUCAUGAUAGAGAAACCAAUUGAUCUCACCGAGAACAACACUGAUGAGGAGAGGCCUUUUCGUAAAGAAUGGGAGAGAUCGAAUAGAUUGAGGCUAAAGUUUUUACGGAUGAUAAUGGUGAGUGAAAUUAAGACCUCAUUUCCUACCACAGAAUAUGCUAGGGAAUUUAUGAGAUUAGCCAAAGAGACUUCUCAGUCUGAGGCAGCUGACAAGUCCCGUAAAGUAGGCUGA